CGCGGUGUCGCUGCGGCGCCGGAAGCGGCGCGGAGGGAGCUCGGGGCGGCGGCGGCACCGCCGAGCCGGGACCGGCCCGGCCCUGCCCGCCCCAGCCCGGCCCCGCCUCAGCCUCCCCGGAGCCCCGAUGGACAUGACAGGAGAGCAGCACACAUCCUGACCCCCGCCCCACACGGCUGCCCCCUGCCAGCCCCCGGGACUAUGGAGGAGUGGAAGCCCAACCCCCCUGUGAAGCCCCACAAGAAGCGGAGCUGGUACCUCGCCUGGAAGUACAAGCUGAUGAACCAGCGCGCCCUGCGGAAGCUGUGCCAGACAGGUGCUGUCCUCUUCCUGCUUGUGACUGUAAUUGUGAACAUCAAGCUGAUCUUGGACACCAGGAGAGCUGCUUAUGAGGAGGAAGAGGAGUCUGCACAGGACUAUGAUGAUGAGAUGCUGAAUGUGGAGGUCCCCAGGCACCCUGUCAACAAGAAGGUCCUGGAUGUCGAGGUGUACUCCAGCAGGUCGAAGGUCUAUGUGGCUGUGGAUGGGACGACGGUCCUGGAAGAUGAGGCUCGGGAGCAGGGAAGAGGGAUCCAUGUCAUCGUCUUAAAUCAGGCCACGGGACAUGUGAUGGCCAAGAGGGUCUUUGACACCUUCCCCCACGAAGAUGAAGCUAUGGUACUUUUCCUCAAUAUGGUUGCCCGGGGCCGGAUCCUAAUCUUCACCAUUAAGGAUGAAGGCUCCUUUCACCUCAAGGAGACAGCCAAAAAUGUUCUGAAAAGCCUGGGGAGCCAAGUUGCACCUUUCCUGAGCUGGAGAGACAUGUGGACAUUUGUGGGCAAGAAGGGGGGAGAAGUGUAUGGGGAGAAGCACGCCAAGUCACCUGCCCUCUCAACGUGGGGUGACCCCGUUCUGCUGAAGACAGAAGUUCACUUGACAUCUGUAGAAGAUGCUGAGUGCCACUGGCCCGACACGGAGCUGAACCGGCGCCGCAAGCGGUUCUGCAGCAAAGUAGAAGGAUAUGGCAGCGUCUGCAGCUGCAAGGACCCCACACCCAUCGAGUUCAACCCUGAUCCUCUCAAAGACAAUAAAGUGUUUGAUGUGCCAGUAGCUGUGAUUGCAGGGAACCGCCCCAACUACCUGUACAGGAUGCUGCGUUCCUUGCUGUCGGCUCAGGGUGUCAAUCCACAGAUGAUCACAGUCUUCAUUGAUGGCUACUACGAGGAGCCAAUGGAUGUUGUGGAGCUGUUUGGCCUCUCAGGAAUACAGCACACUCCCAUCAGCAUUAAAAAUGCCAGAGUUUCCCAGCACUACAAAGCCAGUCUGACUGCAACCUUCAACCUGUUCCCGGAUGCUAAAUUUGCUGUGGUUCUGGAAGAAGAUCUUGACAUUUCUGUUGACUUCUUCAGCUUUCUGAGCCAGUCAAUACACCUUCUGGAGGAGGAUGAGAGCCUGUACUGCAUCUCUGCUUGGAAUGACCAGGGCUAUGAGCACACAGCUGAGGACCCAUCACUCCUGUACCGUGUGGAAACCAUGCCAGGCCUGGGAUGGGUGCUCCGGAAGAGCUUGUACAAGGAUGAGCUGGAGCCAAAGUGGCCAACCCCUGAGAAGCUCUGGGACUGGGACAUGUGGAUGCGGAUGCCCGAGCAGCGGAAGGGCCGGGAGUGCAUCAUCCCGGACAUCUCGCGCUCCUACCACUUCGGCAUCGUGGGGCUCAACAUGAACGGCUACUUCCACGAAGCCUAUUUCAAGAAGCACAAGUUCAACACUGUUCCAAAUGUCCAGCUUAAAAAUGUGGAGAGCUUGAGGAAGGAUAACUAUGAGACUGAAAUUCAUCGGCUCCUGGGUGAGGCUGAGGUCUUGGACCACAGCAAGAACCCCUGUGAGGACUCCUUCGUGCCUGACACCGAGGGCAGGGUCUACGUCAUGUUCAUCAGGAUGGAGCAGGAAGCAGAUUUCACCACCUGGACUCAACUUGCCAAGUGCCUCCACAUCUGGGACCUGGAUGUCCGCGGCAACCACAAGGGGCUGUGGCGGCUGUUCCGCAAGAAGAACCACUUCCUUGUGGUGGGGGUCCCUGCCUCCCCCUACUCGUCCAAGAAGCCCUCGUCGGUGACACCCAUCUACAUGGAGCCCCCUGCCAAGGAGGAGGGGGCAGCAGCCGUGCCAGCGGUGGCAGCAGCAGCAGCAGAGCAGACGUGAGGCUGGCAGCUGGAAGCAAAGGGGACCAGGGGAGCACAGAGACCUCCACGGUGCAGAGACACAGAUGGCAGCAGCUCUCACAGGCUGGUCACUGGAUACAGACUCCUGUUUUGGGCUGCAAAAACAGAUGUUGGGCUCCCUCCAGCCCCCCGUUGUGGUCUCCCUUUCCCUUGCACAGGACAGGGUCCUUCCCUGUAGAUAUGCCACCCCAAUCCCAGGAACUUGGUUUUUUUAACACAGACACUCUACUAACGCUGCUCCUUCUGCCCCCUGGCUGGGCAAGGCUGGAGGAAGGAGAUGCUCAACUGGAGCCUAGAGGGGGCCUCAAAAAGCACCUCUGCUCUCCUUUUAGGCCCUGAAGUCCUGAGAAGGCAGCAUGGUGCGAGUGCUGCAGCCUGCCAGCUGGGUGUUAUUUAUUAACUCUUGCCUGCUGGCUUUGUGCCCCAUGGUGAACACAGUGCUGAAGAGGGGAUAUUCCAGCAUCUCUCCUGUUACCUGCACAAUGGAUGCACCUUGAAGACUGUGUGCUGGGUUGGACAUCUUCCUGCACACUGGCUUUGCUGCAUGGGCUGCAGGCACUGGUGCAGCCCAGCUCACAGGAAAGGGAAUGCUGGAGAGGAGCUGGACUUGCUGCAGACACAGAGGGACACCCCACACCCAGCACGAGGGCGGUCAGUUUUGGAAGCUGGAGGUGAUUGUAGGUGGAAGUGGACCAGGCUGUGUGCUCUGGCUCAGACUGUCCUCACCCACCUUCUGUGUGGGGAGCAGCCCUGCCCCUGGGUGGUGGGAGAGGGGGUGAAAGUGCCUUGCAGAGUGAGAAGGGAGCAGCCAGCAGGCAUCAUCCCCUGGCUGCAGGGGCUGGGUGGGCCAGGGUCAUCUGGAGCAGGAGAUGCUGCACUAUGGUCCUUGCCUGUGGUACUGUACCCUGCCUCUCCGUCCUCCCUGCCCUGGUACCCCCUGCUUUUGCUGAAGGCAGAGGGAAUUUCUUCUCCUGAAUUCCCAGCCUUACUGUGGUAAGUUGCUGGCAGGGAAGCUAUGAGCUGGUCUGGGAUGGGCAGUCUGGCCCUCCCACUGUGGUACACCCCUUGUGCAGAGGGAGAGGGAGGGGGUUCCGUGCCUUAGGAAGGUCCCAGGGGCCCCUCCCAUCCCCAGCCAUUUGGUACUAAUGUCCCUGCACCCCGAGGGGGCAGUCCUGGUCCCCUUGCUUAGUGCAGCUCCUCCUCUCAUCUGUGCAGCAGGAGAUCCAUCCUCUGCCCAUCCCCUGCCCUGGGACAGGGAUGCAGUGCUCUGGCUUGCCUUUGGGAGGAGGAGCUGCUGCUCAGCCCUUUCCCUGAGGUAACUGGGGCUCUUCCCCUUCAUUUUCUCACUGUGAACUGAGCAUUGGGGUCUACACUACACUAACUUAUUUAUUUAUUGUUCCUGGGAAGGGAUGGAUCACAGGAAGCAGCAUGGAGAGCUGGCAGCCCCCAGCCUGCACAGGUGCAGUCAUGGGAGGUUUGUCUCUUGUCCCCCUGGCUCCACUCUCUGUUCCCUGCUUUUCUCCCUUGCCCAGAAUAGGAAUGAAAACUUGUGAACCAGGGAACUCCUCUUGGUCAGGAUGAUGCCAGUGUGGAUGCAGCACAGCUCUAGCAUGACUGCAGGAACUCUGACCCUCACAGUCCCUUGCUUGCCUGCCCCAGCAGCAGGGAUGGCAUGGGAUGGAUGCAGGAGGGAACAGGAGCGUGCAGAGUGGCACCCUUGAGGCUGCAGUUGUGGUCUGGGGCUCAGCCCUGCCCUCCCCAGCCAUCCCAGUGCUGCCCUGCCAUGGCACUGUGCUCUGGCAGCCAGUGGGGCAGGUGGCCCCUGUGCUAGCCCUCAGGGUAAGGCAGGGCUUUUAUGAGGAUGGAAAAGGGAUUUGACUUCUUUCUGAGAAAAAGUAGCUCGCUCCCCAUGCCCUGCUUUGGAAGAACUUCCCAAUGGCUCUCCAGUGCCCUUCCCUGGCACCUCUGUUCCCAAGGCUCAGUUUCUCUUCCCCUGGAAACUAAGUGCAUCCUCUUGCCCUUCUCGGGUAGGGCUCAGGCUUGGCUUCUUCCCAGCUCCUCUUGGGGCUGGGGAAGGUGCUCCUAGGGAUAGGGGAUGGCUAAACAUGAGUUUCCUCUCCUCCCCUGCCAAACAGGGCUCUGUGGCUCCCUGCUCUCACUGACAGCAGGACUCAGCUGGUGGGCUUUAGGCUCCCCCUUCUGCACACACCAUGCCAGGCCCACGGGGUGCUGUUCACCAUCCCUCCCUGUCCCCCCAGCAAGGCUCAGGAGUGGCAGCUGUGGCAGGGCUGGGUGUGUGGCAUCACCAGGGUUUGACGCUUUCUGAAUGGAAUUAUUUUUUCAAGAGUAAACAUUG